UCAACACAUCUAUUUACCAAAAGAACAUCCCAAGUUUUCUUUUUCGAGCAACUAAUACUUCUCAAAAGGGCAUUAGAAUUUUGCUAAAAUUUCCUUCCCCAUUAAUUUUGCUAAUCACCGUUUGAGAGUCACACUGCACUACCAAUUUUCUAAUACCCAUAGUCCAUGCAAGUUCAAGCCCUUUCUCGAUGCCCCCAAAGUUCUGUCUUGUACGCCAAACAACUCCCAAAAUGAGAGAAACCUGCUGCCCAUCUUUCGUUUGCGUCUUGCAGCAGCUGGCUGCGUUUCCGUCCUUUGAGUCGUCUGUGUUUAGCGCUGUCCACCCUAGUGGUGGUGGAGUCCAACUAAUGUGGAUCUCCUCUCUUUUCUUUGUGUUAAUUCUUCUCCUCCUCUCAUUGAAUGCUUCUUUUGAUUCUUCCACACUUUUAGGAUUAACUUGUGGGUUGGGAGGGGAGAUCUUUGAUAAUUUUGUUCAUUUACUUCAUCUUUACUUUUCAGCAAGUAAAGAUGAAGAUAUCUAGCUAAUUGUGUCUUUGGCUUUGACCCAAUUGGUUAUCUAAAUUGAAAGUCAUCCAUUGUUGCAUGUUUUUAUUGUUGAAGAAAUUUAUUGCACUUUCGGGUUUGAUAAGCUGCAUCCCCGCUCAUUUACAUUGCAAAUUGGGAAGAUUUCACUAACCCCAAAUAGACAAACUCUUCUUUGAGCUUUAUAUGUAGGGAUGACAAUACUUCCAAAUUGGUUGCAGAGCUCGGGGCGAGUUUUUAGCUGGGAACAUAUUGAAGCACCUAUGUGGGUAGAUUUGACUAUUGAAGCUAACUCUUUUAGUGAAGAUAUAAAUGAUGACUGGUUCAACACAAGCCACCCGUUCCACCAGUGGUCUGCUCGGCAGCUGAAGGCUAAGUUCUCUCAUCCUGGACAGGAGAAAUUGACAUCAGAAGUAGUUGACUCAGAUGGACAAGACUCGCAGCAGGUUCCUUCUUCAGUCUCAAGGUCGAGGGGCAAACACUACAAUAGCAAGAAAUGGGGAGUUAUGAAUCUGAACAAUUUGUUAGACAAGCAACAGGGUUUGAGUAAGAGAUGCUUCCAAGCAAGUUCCAGUUUUGGUAAUGAGGUGAAGCCCAAAACAAAAUCUAAUGUUGGCCACCCAAAAGGAUUGUUGAGUGAAAAUUUAGGACCGAACUUUGAAAGCAAGGCAAGAGGAAAAGCUAAGUCUUCGGCCAGUUGCAGUAAGCCUGUGAUUGGAACAAAUUUUCUUGAUAAAAGGAGUGGUGAAAGCAGUACAAGAAGCACAAUCACGUCGGAGGACACUCAUCAACAGCAGAAAUGUAAAGUGGAACCUACUCAGCCUUGUGAUAAAAAUGGUAGAAGUUUGUCAGAUAGGGGUGUUGGUCUUAGGAAAAGCUGUAUAACAGACAGAGCCUCGAUAGUUCAGCAACAACAGAAAUCAAUGGAGGUAUCUAGUCAACCUAGUAAAAGUGGAAGUUCGUCGGCUGCAAGUGUUUGUCUUGGUAAAAGUUGUGUUACUAGAAGAACCUCCAGAAUGGAGGUUGCUGGUGAUAUAAUGCAAUCAAGGGGUCGUAAAUCUUCUUAUGGGAACUCUAGUGUUGGAUCAUCUUCAAUCCCUGGUUAUGAAGUUAAAUUUGUAUCAAAACACAUCAGAAAGGAAAUUGCAGAUGGGAAUGAUGCCGUUACAAUGAAUCUUGCAGAUAAGAAUAAUUGGAAGCCUGCUAUUGUAUCCCAGAGGCAGACAUCUACGGUUAAGGGAGCAAAAUCAAGUAACAAGCAGGGAAAUAGUGUCAAUUGUGCAAAACCAGCAUGCCUUAGAAAUACAAAAUCAUUGGUCCAAUAUCGGUCAAUACGUCAGACAUCUUUGAUGCCUGUUAACGGCAACAAAGAAAGUGCUUGUACUGGUGCUAAGAAGAAACUUGGAAAGAUAAAUAGUUUGACAGGCAAGGGAAAAGAGAAUGUUGCAAAUACUGUGACCUCAAAUCCAAAGUGCAUUGAAAAAGGUGUUACUAGUGGGCGCAUGUUAAAAGAUCUUAGAACUAUGGAACGCUGUCAUCUGCAGAAGGGCAACACAGGCUCAGCUGCUAUGGCAAAUAAACUGGGAAAAGACAAUGAUCUACCUGAAGCAAAGAAUCGAACUAAUCUAGUUCGAAGGAUUUACCUACGAUAAGUGAGUUAAAGCUCCAUGCUAAUCCUCCGCAUAAUCUCUCUGUCUCUCUCAAAUUUCUUUUUAGGGACAGAAAAUUUUUUCAUGUUCAUGAAGCCUUUAUUACUUCGUGUCAUUAAAAAGGGAUCAAGAAAGGCCUUACCGUGGUAUGUGGUAACUUUUGUAUAUAAAGCAUGAAGAAGCUACUGUUAGUAUCAUGUCUAUGCAGCAAAGCUGGCACCAUUUCUUAUUUUAGUGACAUGGUAUACAUUUUGGUGCUGCUUACAGUCAUUCCGUGAUUCUUGCAA